AUGACGUCGAACAUUAUAGAUAAAAUUAUGAACCUAGAGGUACCCGAAAAUGGGAAUUCCUCACUGAACAUCAUUUUUGGAGUAAUAAAUAUUUUUUUCUUCGGAAUCGGGAUGAUAAUUUUGGGAAUAAUUAACAAAGAUAUGGAUGAUCUCAUAAUUGGCAUUUUACAACUCCUUGUUCCCUUGAUCGGUUGGAUAUGGGCCGUGUUUUGGGGAAUCCUAAUCGUUAUUAAAAACUCCAAAGGGGACCCGACUGACUCCUUGUAG